UCCAUGUGAAGUCAUGUGGCCAAACCAACUGUCACGUAAACAUUAGCUAGCUAACCUCGUCUACAAGCUCCAGUAAUGAGCGAAGCAUCAUGCGAGGCCUAGUUAGCUAGCUGUCCAAAAAUCUGUUCGAUAGGUACUUUUACAAAAACAAAACGUGCAGCUGCAGUGCUAGCUUGUUAUAGUCAACCAGCUCAAUGGUAAACGUACGCUGCCUGUCCCUUCCACUUCUCUCGCGCAGUCAGCAGCAUUGGCUUUGGGGUGGCUAACUAGCUGCUGGUAUGCUGUAUUCCAAGUCCUGAACAAUUCUAUAAGAUUUUAUUUGAGUAGCCGAUUUAUUAAUUCGAACAACACGUUGCCCGUUUAGUGUAUCGAGCUCCUUUCGCAGCGAGGGCGGCUGCUUUCGCAGCGAGUGCCGAGGUGCUUGUUUGGAAUCGGCGUCGUUAAGGUAGGGUACUGUUUCUUGGCGAGCUAACAUUUGCUGGUUAUACCUACCUACCUGUCCUGUUCGAAAAGUUUUUGAAAGUCUUUGCUAUCUUUUGCAUUGUGUCUCAGUUUUCCCGACCUUUGACAACUGGCUUAACGGUGAACUAUAUAGCGGAUUAAUUCCAGCGUUGACCAGGAAAUGUUAUAACUACUAACGUACCUUGGCUAGGACAAGUCAGUGCUAUUGGUUGGCUAGGUAGCAAGGACAGUGCAUUGUAUUUUCCCGGCUUACUCAAAUGACACGUCAGUCGUUGAGUUGGUUUAAUUCCUGUUUGAACGAAGCGAACGGAACAGCAGGGCUGCGUCUAUGACCUCACUGCCUGGCCGGAGAGAUGUACCCACCGCCACGGAAGGAUUUUGUAUCUUUAACCCUCAGUGAGCGGGACGGCGGCAGCUACAACAACAGCAAGCACUGGCGCAGGCAGUCCUGCUGGAGGAAGUGGAAGCAGCUGUCGAGGCUCCAGCGCAGUCUGAUUCUCUUCCUGCUGGCGCUGCUGGUGGUUUGUGGGAUCGUCGCCUACCCCAAUCUGACAGACCACUGGAGAGGCCUCUCUGACAGGUCAGUGAGGGACGACUGGGACAAAGAGAACGAGGCAGACCUGAAGCCCGUCCUGCCGGGGGUCGUCCCGGGGGUCGUGCCGAAAGUCGUUCCAGAGCCGAAGGAAGAGGAGGACGGGCUGGUUCUUCCCAAACCCCACGCCGCGAAAAAGCCGUUGCCAAACAGGCGUGGCCCCCCCAACCUGCAGGGCCGCUGGAAACGAGGGAACGAAUCGGACUGGCAGGCGAAGGAGAAGGAGAAGGAGAAGCAGGGGCCUGUGGCAAAGAACAGAGAUGAAGAAGUGCGAGGAGAGGAGGAGGAAGAGGGAGAGAAGCCACUGAUCAGCUGGAGGGGGGCCAUGAUCGAGGAUGAUCACGCCACGGAGCCGCAGCCCUCUGCCAAAGAGAAGGACCCGGCGCCUUCCGGACCCGCCGAACCAGGAGAGAGUGCCCCCAUGGGGCCAGCAGAGCGGAUGCAGGCGGUGCUGGAGGCCUUCAGACAUGCCUGGAAGGGCUAUAAGGAGUUUGCCUGGGGCCAUGACGAGCUCAAGCCCAUCUCCAAGUCCUUCGGGGAGUGGUUCGGUCUGGGGCUCACCCUCAUCGACGCCCUGGACACCAUGUGGAUCCUGGGCCUGAAAGAAGAGUUCCAGGAGGCCAGGAAGUGGGUGGAGACGGAGCUCUCCUUCUCCAAAAACGUGGACGUCAACCUGUUCGAGAGCACCAUCCGCAUCAUGGGCGGUCUGCUCAGCACCUACCACCUGACUGGCGACUCCCUGUUCUUCGACAAAGCUAAAGAUUUGGGGUCCCGGUUAAUGCCUGCGUUCAGCACCCCCUCCAAAGUGCCGUACUCGGACGUGAACCUGGGGAAGGGCACCGCCCACCCUCCCCGCUGGACCACCGACAGCACCGUCGCCGAGGUGACCAGCAUCCAGCUGGAGUUUCGAGAGCUGAGCCGCCUCACCAAGGACCCCCGAUACAGGGAGGCGGUGGACGAGGUGAUGAGGAUGGUGCACAAGCUGGAGGGGAAGCACGACGGGCUGGUGCCCAUGUUCAUCAACACCAACAGCGGGCAGUUCACCCACCGCGGGGUCUUCACCCUGGGCGCCCGCGCCGACAGCUACUACGAGUACCUGCUGAAGCAGUGGCUGCAGGGAGGCAAGAAGGAGACAGAGUUGCUGGAGGACUAUAUCCAGGCCAUAGAGGGGGUGAAGAAGAACCUGCUGAGGCAGACGUCUCCUCUGAAGCUCACCUUUGUGGGGGAGCUGUCCCACGGCCGAUUCAGCCCUAAAAUGGACCACCUGGUGUGCUUCCUGCCGGGCACCCUGGCUCUGGGGGCCCAUAACGGCCUGCCGGAGGACCACAUGGAGCUGGCGCGGCGGCUGAUGGAGACGUGCUACCAGAUGUACGCGCAGAUGGAGACGGGCCUGAGCCCCGAGAUCGUGCACUUCAACACGCAGCCGCGCAACGGCCGCGACGUGGAGGUCAAGCCUGCUGACAGGCACAACCUCCUGAGGCCAGAGACGGUGGAGAGCCUGUUCUACCUGUACAGGUUCACUCAGGACAAGAAGUACCAGGACUGGGGCUGGAAGAUCUUCCAGAGCUUCAACAAGUACACCAGGGUGCCCUCAGGCGGGUACACCUCCAUCAGCAACGUGCGCGACCCCGCCAACCCCAGCCCGCGGGACAAGAUGGAGAGCUUCUUCCUGGGCGAGACGCUCAAGUACUUCUACCUGCUGUUCUCCGACGACCCCGAGCUGGUCAGCCUGGACAAGUACGUCUUCAACACGGAGGCGCACCCCUUCCCCAUCUGGCCCUCCGAGCAGUGACGGGAAGCUCAGCCGCUCCCGCAGGAAGUGACACGUACAGUAUGCGCACGCGCGCUCCCCCAGGGCUUCCCUGGGUGAGGAGCCGUUGGGGUUUGAGGGGAGGAAAGUUGGCGGUCUUGGCCGGGACGGGGG